AUGAAGGACGGCCGCAGCAAGUUCGAUCGACGAAUCUUCAAUGCGAGAGGUGCAGACUCGAUAUCGUUUCGAUUGCAAGAGACCAUACAGCAGCGCCCAGAUGGCUUGCAGCAUCCUGUGAUCUUCAGGGCCGCAUCUCGAGGAUGGAUGUUGAGCAGACUGCCAACGCCAGUUCAAGCAUUUCACGAUCGCAAGAAGAAACUCAACUCACAAUACGAUGAGCUGGCGUACUCACUUCUUCGUUCACUCUAUCAUGACAUUUUGCUGGCUGCACUGCUGCCCGCUGCCCCAGCUGAGAAGGCUUCGACUAUGCGAUCGCAGAUGCGCCAGACUGCCGUCGACGAGAUAUUGAAGCGCGCCAGGGUUCGUACCGAAUCUGACUUGAGGAGUCAGCCCCUGUUCGCGAAGACCCCGAUCGUCCGAUCCGGGCGUCAAGCUCGACAUGUGUCAGAGCGCAGGCGACAUGUUGUUCAUCGGACAAUCCGAGAGGCUGUCACAUGUGUGACCCGUCUGAGCCCAUUGAAGUUCCCUGAUCUUUCGGAAGAGCACGAUCAAGUAGUAGACGAUUCUCCGGAAGAGCGUUGGGAUCAGGUAAUGGAUGAGCUGGAUGAAAGCCUGCUGAUGAACUACGAAGCGGGUCCUCUGGACCUGGAUGGGGCAGCGUUGGCACAGCUAGAUGCUGAAAGGGAUCAGUUUGAGCUAGACAGAAAUCAGUCCAUGGGUAUGCUUGUGGCUGUCGAGAGUGAGACCGAUGCUGACACAACCGAGCUGAGCUCCAAAUUCGUGAGAGAUUGGAGGUGGCGCGAUGAGACAUGCGCGAGGCGCAGCCGCCUCGUGGCUCGUGAGUUCAGAUCUUUGGCGCCAAACCUUGAUGAUCUGUGUGGCCCAGCCUCCAUCUCAAGUACCGCUAAGCUCCUUGCAGCGAUGGCUGCAACGUCGGAUAUCUACAAGAUCCUGUUCAAUCUACCAGGCCAGAGAGAUGGAGCUCAAGUGUGGUACGAAUUCUUCAGUGCUGUUUUGCAAACACAUGGCAUGCAAGUCUGUGAAGUGGCCCCGGCGAUCUUUGCGAUCCCUGGGCGACUCGCCCUCAACACCCAUUUGGAUGAUUGCAAGGUUCUGGCGACGCGUGGUGAGAUGGAGAAGCUUCGAGAGUACCUGAAGGGCACAGUGGAUUAUAAGACUCGGUUCCCAGCUACAUGUCCGGGACGUUCAUUCUUGAGUGAGCAGAGUGGCGUUGGCGAGCAUUCGGCGUUUGAGGAGAACUUGCUUGAAACCGUGUCGGAUGCAGACUUUGCUUCGUGUGCUGAUCGUACGUCAACGACUGGCUCUUGCAUUUUUCUGAACGGCGUUCCAGUGUACUCCACAUCGCGUAGGCAGCAAGUGAUCGCUUUGACUUCGGUGGAGGGUGAGUUGUAUCCUUGCCUAGCCGCGGUAGCAGAAGGGCUGUUCUUGAAAGAAGUGGUCAGCUUCGUCGCUGGAAAGAAGGUUGAGCUGGUGCAUCGGACCGAUGCGAGCGCAACGAUGGGAUGCAAGAAGGCUGGAGUUGGCCGGACACGUCACUUGGCAACCAGUGCUUUGUGGAUCCAGUCUAAGCUCCGAGAUGGCAGUUUCAGCAUGCGUAAGAUCAGUGGCCGAGUCAAUCCAGCAGAGGACAAAGGAACAGCAGCACCAGGAACACCUUGGUUCCUCAAGGCCUCGGCCAACAUCGACCUCAACUCUGACGAAGCCUAUUCCAAGAAAACUUUCCGGCGAUGCUUAUUCGAACAACGCCAGAAGCUCAAGAAGACAGACUUCUACAAGAAGAAUCCCGGAGUACUCCUACAACAAGCUUUAGAGUACGAUGGCUUUGUCAGCGUGGGAAAGUUAUCAGCCUUGGAUGUGGAUAUGGUUGCUGGCGGUGGCCGACUAUCGUCAUCAACAUCGACUUGUGGCAACAUCGGGUUCAAAGUCCAACAAGAAAUCCACGUCAUCUCGAUCAUCAAGACAGUGAUGGACUUCACCGUGGACACGGCGAGCAACGUCAAGGAUUUCACCAUGGAGACGGCGAACAACAUCAAGGACUUCACCAUGGAGACGGCGAACGACAUCAAGGAUUUCAUCAUGGAGACGGCGAAGAACAUCAAGGACUUCAUCAUGGAGACGGUGAACUACCAGGUCGGCGACUUCAUCGAGGUGACGGAGAGCUACAACAUCAACGACUUCAUCGAGGUGACGGAGAACUACAACACCAACGACUUCAUCGAGGCGACGGAGAACUACCACAUCAACGACACGGCGUACAAGGUCAACGACUUCUUCGUGGACAAUCAGAACAACUAUGCGGCGUACCAGAUCAACAGCUUCAUCAUGGACAAGGUCUUCGCGCAAGCCAUAGCCGAGAUGACAACAACAAUCCAGGGUUAG